AUGGUGCGCAAGCUCACCAACGUAGUGCAGCCCGUAUCAAGGGCGUGCCACUGGCUUGUAGCCACCCGCGUCCGUCGUCGGUGGUUUCUCCGGAUCGCCUUGAUUGUGUGUCUAUUCCCUCUCUUGUUGCAAUGGUUUUUGGCCUACAUCGUAGGGGGCGACGCUCGUUUGCUGCCUCCCGAGCUCUUAAAGGCAAAGAACCUGCUUAUCGUCACGGCCCACCCCGACGAUGAGUGUUUAUUCUUCUCGCCAAGCAUACUGGGUGUUUUGGACAGGAACAAGAGCAUCAAAGGCGGCUUGGUCGUCAUGUCUACAGGCAACAACUAUGGGCUUGGCGAGACCAGAAGGAAGGAACUUUUGGGUUCUUGCGAAGCACUUGGCAUCGACACAUCUCGGUGCGUUGCUCUUGACCAUCCUGAUUUGCAGGAUAAUCCCAAGGUCUGGUGGGAAGAGGCCAAAAUCAAGCCCAUACUGAAGGAGUACAUUGAGAAGUGGGACAUUGAUGCCGUAAGUGAUGCUUCCAAGGGGACCAGAGCGGCCAUACAGCCAACUGACAAUGCUCGAAAACAGAUCAUCACUUUUGAUGAAGGUGGUGUGUCGGGCCACAACAACCACCGAGCCGUCAGCUCUGCGGUCAAGUAA